AUGAAGAUAAAGAACCUUCAGAGAGUCCAAUCAGGUCAUAUGUCGGUCCAUGGUAGACAUGAUACCCAAGGGAUGACAGGAGGAGAUGAAGACGAUCUCCUCAUGGAAUUGAAAGAAAUAUGGGACGACCUACCAGAUGAUAUCAAUAUCAGGGCAACGCUACAAGAGAUCAAAACUAGAAUCCUGCGCAGGGAGCUUCAAGUUGAUAAUGAAGAACAGCUGCGAGCAUUUAUGGCCAGUGACGAUGCGGACUACGUUGGAUUUCUCACAGACAAGGAACAGGAAAAUUUUUUACACAUGAUGGCUUCUGAUACUCAGAAUAGAUGCCUUAUCAAAUUCCUGGCAGAAGAACGGAGUCAGCUCAUGUUUGGAACGGAUCGAUCUAUGUACUAUCCACUCCAUGUCGCCAUCAAGGAGAAGAACACGGACUUCAUCACGGCCGUGCUUGAUAGCAAAUUUAGCGAGACAGACGACAUGAAGAAGGUACUUUCACACAAGGGUGGAUCAAAUCCAGGGAACUGUAUUCACAUCGGCAUUCAAGUGGGGCUCGAUCCACAACUCAUAAUCAGAUUGAUCGAGAAGUCGGACGGGGCUACGCUGUCAGAGCAGGACGGCGCAGGGUUGACACCACUCCAUUGCGCCGUAGACUACAAAAAUUGCAGGAAAGGUCAAUUUGAGGUAGUCCAAGCUCUGUUAAAGCAUGGCGAUGCGGCUCUCGACAAGGAAGGUAGUAUCCAUGGUUCGCUCUCUCCUUAUCGAUAUCACGACGAAACGAAAAAGAUCGAAAAGAAAAAGCUCGAGGAAGCCGAAUGGGCAAAAAGGCAGAAUGAUGGAAGAGGCAGCCAGCAGCCACGAGUUGGAACUGACAACCGUGGUGUGCGUGACCCUUCUCAUUAUCAGGAUGCUGGUCAGGCUGAUCUCCGGAAGUCCUCCGAGGAUGACAGGGAGGACGCCAAGGAGCGAAAGAAUAUGAUCGACCUUGACCCACGAGUAUACGGCAUGCGGAGACAAUCAAAUGCGAUUCGAGCUAAUUCGGUGGGAUCCCGAGUAAGAUCCCCCACAAGCGAUGUUCCAGCAGGAGGUGGCGCGUCAACGCCUCCUCCAACAAUUGACCGCGUGUUAUUCUCGCCAAAUCCUAACCCGGCGAAUCUGGGAAGACCCAGAAAGGCGAUGCGCGCAUCACGCCCAGGUGCGGCAAGGAGAUCAUUUGGGUCCCAGAGACUUCAUCAGCCUGAAGCACCUCCAGAUGACGAAACCGCGGAUGAGAUUGCGAAGGAACUGAAGUUACACUAUCUUCGAAGCAUCUUCAAAGGAUCUGCUUAUUCAGGCUCUCCGGAGUCUGUGGACGGCGAUAGGCCGGAGCUUCGAAAUCAUGACAGGGCAGUCCGGUUUCUGUAUGGAGACAACAAAGAAAACCGUCACAUAUGCUUCAACUUUCUCGACGGCCCUUCAAAGAUGACCGCCGAUAAAUUCAGGACAACCUACGGGGGAUUUAAAUUUGACCAUGUUCUGCAGUACGUCGGGUUCCGUCGUCUGGAGUUUACAGUGCCCGAGCUUCCUCCUAGAGGAAGUGGUACAAUGUCUAAAUCGCCUGCAUCCACUGGGAGAGGACGAAGAGACAUGGAGGUACCGUUCAACUGGCUUCAUGACAAAGGAGUGACAAAUAUUAUCAAGGUCAUUGUCGACGACUUGGAGCCUCCUUCUCACAAAGACGAGUCAAUUCAAAAUGCUUUGAAAAAGUUUGAUAUUGAGAUCCUUGACUGGAGAAAGAUUGACCUCUGUCCAGACACAAUUUGCAGGUCCUGUCCAAACCUACGCGAGGUUCACCUCUGGUGGAGCGGAAACAAUGGGAUACUGAGAGCGUGGAGUGAGCCGGAAGGGUUGGCUAGGUUGGAACGAUUGGAAGCCAUACAGCUUCACCAAACACAGGAAUUAGAAUCCGAGUCUUGGACAGACAUGAAUAUCGCGACAUUUCGGAAAAGGCUGAGAGAUUUGAGAAAUGCCCAGAACGGUGCUCGAAAGCCCGGUGACAAACUGCCACAAAUUCGUGUUCCAGACCCAAUCAAGGCCAUUGAUGGACCGGCCCAACGACCAGCCGGAUCACACCCCAAAACCGACUUUAAAGUCCAGCGGGAAACCCACAAGUGGCUGCACAUAAUGGACACGUUUGCCGACGGGAUAUACAAGAUCAAACCGGAUCGCGAUGUAGAGUUCUUUGAAUAUCUGCCUCCAGAACUCCAAUCAGACGUAAAAGUCGCGUUGAUUGAUGACGGUGUGCAAUUUACCCAUGAGAGUCUGCAGGAGAAGAUUGACGACGGCUGGAGCUUCGACGACGGCUAUGAUGGCGUCGAUCUUCCUGGAGCUAGACGACCGUUCCACGAAUCCAGCACUGGCCAUGGAACUCUCAUGGCCAACAUGAUCUGUCGCAUCUGCCCAAACGCUAAGAUAUUUGUUUGUCGGCUGAACGUAUAUCCUGGAGACGGCACAAAGUCCCAUUUUUCAGCGAAGAGUGCAGCCGAUGCAGCUGUAUAUUGCGCAACUCGAGGAUUUGACAUCAUCUUGAUGUCAUGGACAAUCAGGAAAUCGAUAUACACACCGGACUCAAUGAACGAUGGGAAGGACCUCGAUCGGUUAGAAAGAGCUUUGGACGAGGCAUGCAAGAACGGCGCUCUGCUGUUUUGUGCGGCGCCGGACGAAGGUGGCAUCUCAGAUGAGAAGUUCCGCACCUAUUAUCCUGUAGGAUGCGACUCCUUAUCUAGCCGCAUCUUCAAAAUCGGAGCUGCCACCUCUACCAACAAGGAAGCGGAUCGCACCGGAAAGUCCUCGCAACUCGACUUUAUCCUCCCCGGACAUGAGGUCAGAGAAAGAGGAAGCGAUACGGUCAAAGUCGACGACAGCCUCAAGAGCGGAUCAUCGGUGGCAACGGCGUUGGCCGCAGGACUUGCAGCGCUCGUCAUCCAUUGUGUGCGGCUCGGCGCCAUCGAGACUAUUCGCGCACGCACCACUAAAAGGAAUGGCGACGCUAGAAAGAGUGGGGGUGACACCACAAGCGAGGAUGGCGCCAAAGCUGAGGAUAACACAAACGAGGACAUGAGGACGGCAUUGGAGGCCGUCGCCAUCAAGUUGGAAGAUUUCGCUGAUAUCAAAAAGUUCGAGCACAUGAUGCGCGUUUUCGCCAGUAUCCCGCGGCAAAGAAAGGCAGGGGAGACUUGGAAAUACCUCGAGGUGGACAACACUUUCGAAGGGCCAGGGAAGACACUUGUCAACAAAGAGGCGGGAGAGAGCCAGAAAAUACUGGCUGUGACCAAGCUUGCCAUGAACUUUGUGAGCUCCGGCCUGUCAAAGUUAUGA